GAAAUAAGAAUUCUGAAUUAUUUUGGCAUUUUGAUUUUUGGUUAGGUGAAUGUGUUAUUUAUAUUACUAUCAACUAAAAAAUGAAAGACGUUAUUGAUGUAAUGGCGUUACAAAGUAAUCGACGCGAGAAACGCUUGCCCGACUACCGUAGUGCCACCGGUCACAGCUUGGCCACCAACUUCAUAUUCGAGUGCGGCAUCAAACUCGGCUUACAGCCGGCGACAGUCGCGGCCGCUGCCGUGUUUUACCACAGAGUGUUCAAAGAGGUCGACAAGAACGACUACGAUUGCUACGUUAUAUGUACGGCAUGUCUCUGCGCGGCGGGGAAGUCCAGGGAUGAGCCGGUGCGGCUCCGAGACGCCGUGAACGUGGCGCACAACUCCAUCAACCGCGGUGCGGGACCGCUGGAGCUCGGAGAAGAAUAUUGGACGUGGAGAGGAGCCGUCGCCCAGGCGGAGCUGCUAGUACUACGUCUACUAGGUUUCAAUUUGGACACGUCCUCCCCGCAUAGAUAUCUGUUGCACUAUUUGAGGUCACUACAAGAGUGGUUCCCACCCAACGAGUGGCGUGCGGCGCCGAUCGCGCGGACUGCGAUGGCGUUCCUACAAGACUUCCACCAUUCCCCGGCCAUACUAGAGUAUAGAGCACCGCACACUGCUGUGGCCUGCCUAACCCUGGCACUGCAUGUCCUCGGCGUGUCCGUGCCGCUAGCCUCCACACUAGAUGAUGACACAGCAUGGUAUUCUGUAUUCACAAAGGAUUUGCAAAAAGACAAGAACUGGGAAAUAAUGGAAAAGAUUAUGCAAGUUUAUAGUCGAGAACCAGAACCAAUAUAGUGUGACCCUAAUUAAAUAUUAAUUUAUAAGAAUGUGGCAUUGGCUAUUAACAAAAUAAAUGAGUUUUCAAAU